AUGGACUCCCCGGCAUUGACCAUCCCCGAGAUGGAAACCAACCAUUCGGACUCGGAGGUUAGGCUCAAUGAGCAACAAGCAGACGCAGUUGCUCAAAAGAUUGGAGUCUAUCACGGCUUCCGGGUGCAUGUGAUUGACUAUUUGCCCAACGAGCAUAUGGGUGUUCUCCCGCUCUUGUUGAUGGGCUCCAAUCGAGCUCUCCCAAACGUGGGACUGGGCUCACUUGACCGACUGCCGGUCGAGCUCGUGCAUCAGACACUGUUGCACCUUGACAUCUCUUCUCUGAUCAAACUGCGGCAGACCAAUCUCCGAGCGAGGGAGAUGGUGAACUCUCUCCCUGGGUAUCAGGCCGUGGUCUCCCAUGGAAUAAACCUCUGUCGCGCAGUGCUACAAACUGGACUCGCCAGUCGAGUAACUCUAUCAAGCUUCUAUGACAUUCUGUGCACCAAGGAAUGCAGCUUCUGCUCCAAUUUUGGGAGGAACGUCUCCAUUUUCAUCUGGAAGCGAUGCUGCUUCGAAUGCCUCCAUUCACGUCCGGAAACGCAGAUACGCUGCCUAUCGUGGGUGCAAAGAUAG